AUGGACAGAUCCACAUCCAAUGUGAAGGCAAAGGUGUUAGGAUUAAAAGAAACGGCUCUCCUCGGUGGAUGGGUUGAAGCUCUAAGCGAGCAAGUUUCAGAGGAAGAAGAUGGCACCGUUUCUUUAAAGGGAGUCGAAUUAAGCAGUGGAAAUGCAAGGCGCCGUCGACACAUUCAUCAUCUUUACGUCACUGAUACAAGGGACAUUGAUGCAAUUAAGAAUGAAAUCAUCGAGUCUCUGAAAGAAUUUUUAACGCAAAGGUUUUUGGACCAAGAAGAUGACAUUGAUCUGUUAAAGCCAUUUGUAAAUUUACAACAGUCAGUGGAUUUGAAGGAGGUCCACAAGCAAUUCUUCAAAGAUCUAGACUUAAUGGAACUUGGUAUGGAAUAUGAUGAUGUUCUUAGCAUGGAAGAUAUAGAGCAUUUCAGAAAGCUAUCACUUAGGGAACGAUUCCAAAGGUUUGUCCAGUCCGAAGAGCUGCCUAACCUCAAAGUUGCAUUUGCAAGGAUUCUUGCAGCCAAGCCACAUAGCGCAGAUGUAGAACGUCUGAUCAGCUGCAGUGUGGCACUGAAGUCUUCUGGUCGUAGUCGAAUGCUCCUUGAAACCGAAAACCUCAAUUUGUAUGUGCAUUAUAACAUGCCGUCGUUGGAUCAGUGCGAUCCUAAACCAGCAGUGAUGAGUUGGAUGAAUGAAAGAGCGCAUCGCGCCCGAGAUUGUCCAAAAAGAAAACAACAACAAUAUUUCAAGGGAAUAUUCUCGGAAGCUGCGAAACUCGAAGAGAAGUUGGCAGAUUGUGAAGAGGAACCAGCAAAGAAAAAAAAGAAAACAUUUUAG